AUGAUGAGUAGAGCCACACCAGAGACGCCAUCCAAUGCCACGGAUGAGCCGUCAGAAAGUGGCUUGCCGGCAUUCACAACGUUCCAAGCAACGGAACUAGAAACUAAACCGAGUUUGCCAGCACAAGUAACUGCUGUACCUGUGCCAAUAUCUCCGUCAUCAGCUUCACCAUCUGGUGGAUCGUUAACUCAAUUAACACAGUUAACACCGUCGCCAUUAACUCCUUUGCAACCUGCAUUGACUGCUUUGCCAAAUUCAAAUUUUCAUACAUUAGCUGCUGUUAAUGUUCAAACAACUCGCGGUUAUCCAAUUGUCCCAGCACCAAUUCAAGCUCGUGACAUUCCCGGAAUGCAACAACAAUAUAUUGAUGAACGUCACAUUCAACUUUAUCAACCGAUAACCACGACUGCAACAUUUCAUCAUCCACAACCUCCGCAACCUCAUCAAGGCAUUGUCACAGUUCUCAAAAAUGAGCACAUAAAUUUUGAUCUCAAGAAUGGCAUUCAUCAUACUUCAUUCCAAAGCUCGCCGAUGAUGAAUAAUAGCAGCUUCAUGGACACGCCAAGCAUGACAACGCCAAAAGUAAGCAAUAAGAAUGGAAUUAAUGGAACGCCAUCAUCACAAGUAACAAAAGAGACACGAAAGAAAGAAAGACGGAAAAUUCGGGCGAGUUCAUUGGAGUCGAGUACUGAGUCUGACACAAGCAGCGCUAUGGACAUUGAUGGAAACAGUAGUGGAAAUCCUGGACAAGUUGCUGCUGUUUCAAGCACUGAUAACUUUAAAUCCCCAAUGCACUCGAGCAUGGAUAACGGUGAUCAAACAUCAACUGGUGAAAAACAGAAACAGAAGAAACGUAAACGAUGUGGAGAAUGUAUUGGUUGUCAAAAGAAAGAUAAUUGCGGUGAAUGUGCGCCAUGUCGUAACGACAAAUCUCAUCAAAUUUGUAAACAACGUCGUUGUGAAAAGUUGACAGAGAAGAAAGUGAGUUUUUCCUUUUAUUUUCCUUUUAUUAUGAAGAUGCUUAUUCUUAAUGGUGAACGAUUUUCCUUCUUCUGA